AUGCCGCUGUGGAGUGCUUACUCUGCCUUUGAAUAUAUCCGGUCGUUGUGGCUCAAGACCUUUCUCUUUAUAACCCAGCCUAUCAUUACCCGCUGGCUUCCCGAUCCUUACACCAAUGCAGGCAAUGUUCGCGUCGACGCAAGACCUACUUACGAAAGUCGAGUUACCAUGACGGAGAUUAUCACGCCAGCGCAUGCCAACACCAAAGGACUCGCUUACGCUGGCACUGUCCUCGGAUGGAUUGACGUCGCAGCCGGUAUCGCUGCCAAGCGCCAUGCUUCGGUGCCAUCGGUGACGCGAUCAGUGGAUGAUGUUGCCUUUCUGCAUCCCGUUAAAGUGGGAGAUAUUCUUACGAUUCAAGCGUCCGUCAAUAAAUCCUGGAAAACAUCCAUGGAGGUCGGUGUCAAAGUGGAAGCGGAGUCCCCGUUGACCGCGGAACGGGUAUUUGUUGCUCACGCGUAUCUAACGUUUGUGGCCCUGUCUCCGAGACCGUCGCCGAAAACGUAUCUUGGACGUAAACUCAUUGAAUAUCAACCGAUUCGCGUGCCUGAGGUUAUUCCGUAUUCACAAGAGGAAAUCAAACGGUAUGACAUGGCCGAGAGUCGAAGACAAGCCCGGUUUGCUAGAAAAGCCCAGGAUCUCAAAAAUAUUCGCCAAUUGUUCCAAGCGUGGUCUCAAGGCCUUCGGCACGAUACUGGAAAGAAUGCCCCCAUUAUUCCUCAUCCAGCCCUGUACGCGGUGGAACCGGAGGGCGCAUCCAACAAUAUCAACAGUAACAAUGCUGACGAUUCUCCCAGCCAAUCGCCACGAGAUAGAUUGCCACAACGCCGCUAUUCCACGGAUCCACGAAUGAUGCCCAUGUCUGAAAAAGCCAUGGCCACCACCUUUGCCGAAGUGGUGGAGCUGGUUAUGCCUCAACAUGCCAACACACUGAGUAUCACAUUUGGUGGUCAAAUCAUGGCAUGGAUGGAAUUGUGCGCGUUAACAAGUGCUCAUCGAUUGACCAAGGCAUAUCUCCUUACGGCAAGCAUCGAUUCACUGAACUUUAUAACUCCGACCCGAGUGGGGGAUGUGGUGACCGUGCGAUCCAUUGUGUCCAGGACCUUUAAAUCAUCCAUGGAAGUGUAUGUCAGUGUGGAAGCCGAAAACUUGCAAACGGGGCAAGUCAACUUUACCAAUGACGGGUUCUUUACGAUAACGGCCAUGGAUGAAAAGAAUGUGCCUGUAUUGCUUCCACAUGCUAUUCCGCAUACGGAAGCGGAAGUGGAGUUGUUGGAAGGGAGCGAUGACCGCCGAAAGAAACGGUUGACGCAAAGACAAGAAUUGAUCAAUCUCGUUAGCGCCACAACGCCACACACCUUGCAAACACCCUUGUCACCAUAG